GGUCACAGCCUUGUUGUCUUUGUGUAAAGGAGUGCUGCUCGGUCUCACAUCACUUCUUCCCUCUUCCCCGAGUCCUCUUGAACUCUCCCCCGGGUCUCUACCCUCCCAAACCUCUCCCCUUCUACCCUCACAACCCCGACCCUUCCCCCGGAUACCGUGUACCGCGCGGACCAGUGUCUGCUGUCCUGUGAGAGAUACACACGACAAGAUUUCAGUCGCAGCUAUGGACUCCGGUGUGAUUGAAGGAGGGCUCAAUGUCACCCUCACCAUCAGGCUGCUCAUGCACGGCAAGGAAGUUGGAAGUAUAAUUGGAAAGAAAGGUGAAUCUGUCAAGAAGAUGCGAGAAGAAAGUGGCGCCCGAAUCAACAUCUCUGAGGGCAAUUGUCCAGAAAGAAUCAUUACUCUGGCAGGACCAACCACCGCCAUCUUCAGGGCAUUUUCCAUGAUCAUUGAUAAGCUUGAGGAAGACAUAAGCAGUUCAAUGACAAACAGUACAGCCACAGGAAAACUCCCAGUGACCCUGCGCAUUGUGGUGCCAGCCAGCCAGUGUGGCUCCCUCAUCGGCAAAGGUGGCUGCAAGAUUAAGGAAAUUCGAGAGUCAACUGGAGCUCAGGUACAAGUGGCCGGAGACAUGCUCCCCAACUCCACGGAACGAGCCAUUACCAUAUCUGGAACUUCCCAGGCUAUUAUUGAGUGUGUGAAGCAGAUCUGCGUAGUCAUGCUUGAGUCUCCACCUAAAGGUGUCACUAUUCCGUACCGACCUAAGCCAUCAGGUUCACCCGUCAUCUUUGCAGGCGGACAGGCCUAUGCCGUACAAGGACAACAUGCAAUCCCUCAGCCAGAUUCUUCCUCUGCUGCGAUCUCUUCACAGCUCACCAAGCUUCACCAACUGGCCAUGCAGCAGAGCCCCUUCCCAAUUGCACCGAACAACCAGGGAUUCACUGGGAUGGAUCCUCCUGCUCAAACGGAGAUGAACAUUCAGAAUGAUGUGAUUGGAUGCAUCAUUGGCCGUCAAGGCGCGAAAAUCAAUGAGAUCCGACAGAUGUCCGGUGCUCAGAUCAAGAUCGCAAAUCCAGUGGAGGGAUCGACCGCUCGGCAGGUCACCAUCACGGGCUCACCUGCCAGCGUCAGUCUGGCUGAGUACCUCAUCAAUGCCAGGCUUACCUCUGAGGCAACUGGACUGGCGGCCAACUGAUAAGACACUGCAUCUGCACUAGAUCUCACUUUUAUAUCCUCGGCUACCACAAAAACAAACAAUGCAACUGACCAAAUUAAAAGGUUCUAUUCCCACCACCUCCUCAUCAUUUGACACGUCAGCCAACGCGAUUUCUGUUUGUCUAUUAUUUAUUUUCUUCUGGUUUUAGUCCAAAUAAUCAGUCAAGUCAAUUUUUAAUUCCCCUCUUUUGCCAAGGUGGAGGUUUUAAUCUUUCUUUUAAAUUUAUUGUGGAUGAAUCCCCCGCUCCCCGCCAUCACAGAGGAGUAGCGUUUAAACUCUGAGAGGGCAUUUCAGUUGAGUUCUGUACAGUCCCGUUUUUUUUUUCUGGAGAUAUAUUCAAAUGUCUGAGUGAAUACUGUUUUUUAUAACCUUAUUUUCCCUCACUCUGCAUAAAGAGAACUCGACUUUCCUUUGUCGACAUGCUUUGGAUUUCCACCGUGUCCCUCACGUCUCUAACUGAAGUGCUUGUUAGAAGAGUCGCACUGAUCUCUCACUGGAGCUGCAGUGUCUCGUUCACGUGGUGGCGAAUGUUUUAACGUAAAUUAACCAGGAUGAUGUUUCAUUCCCACUAACCUCUCCUGCUCCUCAGAUCCACGUGUUCACUGGGAUGGGAGGUUUUCAGGGGUUCAGAAGCGGAGGGUUCUCCUCCCUCUUUUUUUGUAAAAACUAUAUUCUAAAAAAAUGUCUGAAUAUUUGUUUGAAAUGGAAGAAAUUAUUAUUUUUUAACUAUAAAAAGGGCAUUGAAAUGCUCGCUGUCAAUUGACGAGGCUGUUAAGGAACAUCUGGGAACUAGACAAAGAAAAGGGGUUAACACUAGUUUCCUGCUCUUUGCUUUGCUCAAGUCAGAAUUUUAUUUUUUAUUUGCAGGAAGCGACUUUUGUGCACGUUUUUUGAAACUGUAGACCUGAGUGCCACAUUGUUUAAAAAAGAAAAUAAAAAAAUGAAAUAAAAUGUGAAAUGCUAAAACCACAAACUAUCUCUCUUUAUUGUGUUGAAAUAAUAAUAGUCACUUUUUAAGCAUCAUCUGGGCUGCACCUUACCUCGGGACUGAUGUAAAAAUGAUGAAAUACUGAUGAAAAAAAAUGUUCAAAUUGAAGGCAAAAAUAAUUCGGAUCAAGUCUGGUUUCCAUAAAUAUCUGCAGUAAAUCAAGAACACCAAAAGGUGAACUGUAGUCAGUUGCUUCAUGUCUGUAUCUUCAACCUAUUGUCUAGUUUGUGUCUGAAGAGUAAAGUAAAGUUGGAUGCUACUGAGGAUGAAUAAAAUGUCACUUGACACUUUGACAUGUCAACAUUUAACUGAUAAUCCACUUUAAAUCUAAAAUCACUUUUGGUAUGAUGGUAUUUUAAGUGGAUUAAUGUCUCCACAUUCCCAUGUUUUAUAUUGUUGUAAAGUUGCUGGGGUAGAACGCACGUAUUUGGUUUUUAUUGUGCUUAAAAAUUGCAAUAGUUGUGAACGUGUAAACAGUUUUUUGAAAAGUAAGAGCAACGUUUUUAUCCAUGUUCAAAAUGACCAGAGGACAAUGAGUGCAAUCGGACGCCAGGUGGCGGCAGCGUCGCGCA